AACUUGAAGGGUUGUUUUGUACUUUAUGUACAUAAUUUUUUUAAUUCAACUUUCCCGCUCUUUUGAAGCACACAAUUAACAAUUGAAAACAAGAAAAACAAAACCUGUAAAACCCUAACGUCCGGUCAAUCGUCGGGAAAUGUCGACGUGGCAUAUAUGCAAAGACGUCGGAGGUAAUUUCCGGUGGGAAUCAUCAGGCAAAAUCCUCCAAAACAAGCCCCAAAAUGAACAACCACAUAAGCCUACUCUUCCACCUCUCCCUUCCAUGGCUGAUCUCCUAUAUCAAGGAUGUUCGAAGCUUGUGGAUAAUAGAGACGAAGAUGAAGGAAUAUUCCGUACAGGAUUAGGGAGAUCCGUUGCGAUUAAACAAUCUUCAAUUGAUAAAGCAUUUGCUGUUCUUGGCUCUUACGAUGAAGAUUGCGAUUAUAAUUUUGAUGCAAUUAGCUCAGUACGCUUGACAGGUAAAACUCAAGCUAGGGAAAAUGAACAUGGAUUCACCAACUCUCUUUUCCGUACUGCAUCUGGGAAGCCAGUUGAUGUAUCUUCUGCUGGUCUGGUUAGAGCCAAGACACUGUUGGGUCUUGAGAUUAGUAAUGAUGGAAAUAAGGGUUUUCAGCUUCCUAGGAAAUCAUCAAUUUCUGAGCAAAAUCAGUUGCAAAAUUUACCUAAAUCAAGUAUGGAAAAGAGUGUGAAAAAUCAUGCAAUGCAUGAUGCUCUACCAGUUCUAAGGCCAUCUUCACUUUCUAGGACUAGUUUAAAUGGACAUAGGCUAUCAACAGCAGGCAAUUCAAACAUGAUGGAUUCAGAAGUAUGUAAUUCUACACCCAAACCACCUUCAAUCAAAUUCCACACUGCAGGUGGAAGAUCCUUAUCAGUUUCCAGUGAUGCAUUAGAACGUGCAAAGAGGAUUCUUGGCGACCCAGAUAUUGGAACUUUCUUAAAUGAGGAUUUAGUUGAUCCAACCCUUUCAGGUUUGAAAGAGAAUAGAAUCGGUGAUGCUUUAUCCACCAAGAAAGCACACUUUCACUCUGCAUUUACUUAUCCAGGAGCUGCAAAGAGCAAGCAUAUCUCAAAAAGUUUCAUAUCCCCUCUUAAAUCAUCUUUACACCAAGAUGAGGCUGUUCAGUCUUUUUCAAAUGCAGAAAAAAAUGUUCUGGCAGUUAGUUUGCUUAAGAAAUUUGAUGCAGCUGACGACAAUAAGUCUCACGGGUCAAAUGGUACUACAUCUUCUAUGCAAAAGCUCUUACCUAAUAGCCCUUCUGAACGUAAUGCAUUAGUGGAUAAUUCCUUGGCAUAUGGUAAUGGUUCAAUGGUUAAUUCACUUUCUCGAUCAUCUAAUGGUCCGUUGGUUGACAUCUCAAACACAGUUGGUAACAAUUACAUAAAUCAUAAUCACAGCAAUGGUGAAAGAAAGAGACUUGGAAGGAGAACCUCUACUCCUCCAUUCAAGAGGCCCCGCAGUUCCAAAUUUACGACCCCCUACAACAGGAAUGUCGCUUAUGCUCCUAGUGGUUUAUCUUCUUCAUCAUCCGAAAGUUCUUGCCGUAGACAUACAGUUUCCACUAGAUAUCCUUUUCAAUGUCCAAGGAUGUAUAUCAAGGAAUUUUUUAAAGAGCUUCAUUUAGACAAAAGCAUGUUAGAGCACAUCACAGACCAAGUAAGAUGUAUCAAACCAGUCACAGCAGAGAAUUAUACUUUCUGUGAUGAAUCUGGCGCGAGCUGCAUUGGAUCCGAAGCUUUUCAGCAAAUGCUGGUUCUGUCUGGAGCUUCAGUACAAUUUGCUUCUAAAGAAUGGGUAAUUAACCAUUACAAGUGGAUAGUUUGGAAACUUGCAUGCUAUGAGAGAUUCUGUCAAUUGAAAUUUGCCAAAAGAUUUUUGACGGUCUCCAAUGUGCUCGAGGAACUGAAGUAUAGAUAUGAAAGAGAAGUGAAUCAUGGCCAUCGUUCUGCAAUUAAGAGAAUUCUAGAAGGAGAUUCUCCACCUUCUUCAAUGUUAGUUCUAUGCAUUUCAGCUAUUGACAUCAGUUGUAAAACAAAUAUAGAGACUCGAGCAUUAAAUGGGAGUGAUUGUAGUAAUGGUGGAAGAGUGGAACUUACUGAUGGGUGGUAUUCUGUAGGUGCUGUUUUAGAUGUACCAUUGUCAAAGCAACUUGCUGCUGGAAAAUUGUUUGUGGGACAGAAGCUUCGAAUAUGGGGAGCAGCAUUAUGUGGCUGGGGUGGCCCUGUUUCACCCCUUGAACUUCUUGCAUCAAGGACUGCGAGUUUAUUGUUGCAUGUAAAUGGAACCUAUAGAUCUCAUUGGGCCGACCGACUAGGAUUCUGUAAGAAUGUUAUUCCUUUGGCAUUUAGGUGCAUCAAGAGCAAUGGGGGUCUUAUUCCUCAAACACUGGUUGGAGUGACACGAAUAUACCCUGUUCUGUACAAGGAGAAAUUAAGUAAUGGUGGAUCUAUUGUGAGAUCAGAAAGAAUGGAGUCGAAGGCAAUGCACAUGUUCAAUCAGAGGAAAUCUGCUUUGAUAGAAGGCAUUAUCUCUGAAUUCCAAAGAGAGAUGAAAGGAUCUCAUGUCUACAAUGAUAGCGAUAGCGAAGAAGGUGCUAAAAUUAUGAAGGUUCUUGAGGCUGCAUCAGAACCAGAAGUUUUAAUGGCAGGGAUGAGUCUAGAGCAGCUAACAUCAUUUGCCUCCUACCAAGCAAAACUAGAGGCAAAUAAGCAGUUGGACAUGGAGAAAGCAAUUGAGAAAGCUUUGACAGACGCUGGCUUGAGUGAAAGAGAAGUAACUCCAUUUAUGAGGGUUAGAGUAGUUGGAUUAAGUACGUAUCCAAAAAAAGGUGGUGUUAAAGAAGGUUUGCUAACAAUUUGGAAUCCAACUGAAAAGCAGCAAAGUGAGCUGGUUGAGGGUCAGUCAUAUGCUGUUGCAGGACUUUUACCAGUGAACUCAGAUUCCUACAUGCUUUACUUACAAGCAAGAGGAUCUACAACCAAAUGGCAGCCCUUAUCUACCCUAGCAACCCAAAGUUUUCAGCCCUUUUUCAGUCCUCGAGUAUCCGUAUCAUUGUCCAAUUUGGGCGAAGUUCCCCUUUCCAAUGAAUUUGAUACUGCUGCAUAUGUUGUCCAUGUGGGAGAGGUUUAUGCAUCUGCUCAUUCAAAGAAACAAUGGGUGUUUGUUACUGACAGCUCCAUUUCUACCUCUAAGUCUGAAGAAAUAUCAAAUUCCUUGCUUGCCAUCAGCUUUUGCUCGCCAUAUGUAAACGAUGAUUCAUUUACACCAAUCAACUGUAAUCUUGUAGGAACCACUGUUGGCUUCAUUAAUCUCAUUAAGAAAGCGAAGGACCAGAUGAAUCAUGUAUGGACGGCAGAAGCAACAGAAAACUCAACUUACUUAUUAAGUUUUGAUUCUCUAAAAUGUUCUCACCUGAAAAGUGCUGCUACUGCUGUUCAAACCUGGGCAAAGACCUCUAGCAUGAUUGUUGAUAAACUUAAGGCAAAAAUUCUAUUUAUUGUUGGAAAUCGUAAAGGCUAACUGACCUGCAACCCAAACAUAGCAUGCGGAGAGUUCAUCUUGGCCGUAGAUAUUGACGAGCACGUGAAACGAAGGCGUGGAGUGUUAAUAGUAGCAGCUGCCACAAUCUCUUCCAAUCAAAUGCUUGAUCAACAUAAUUAUCAGUACUAAAACUGUUUGCAGCAGCAUCACCUUGUAAUUCUUGUAGUCCCUACGAUUGCGACGUUCUUAUUUCAGGUAUACGCUUCACAUCUGAGGUUUCAGAAGCUGAGGUUUUGGGACAUGUACAUAAUGCAAGGUGUUCCUGGAGGCACCUUUAUCAAUUUGGAUUUUCGAACCAUAUAUGACCAACUUCAUCGCGAACCAUGCAACUGCCGCAAUAGAGUGAUGGUUUUGACACAUUUUGAGCAAAAUGGUUCGGCAGGCCUUUCCUAUGCACUAUUUGUGAGGAAGACUGAGAGAAUGUAAUCAAUUUAGGAGUUGGUGAAUUGUGCAACUGAUGAACCACAAAUCUUCAAAAUAUAGAAACUGCGCCAUCAAAGUAUGUAAAUAUUAUAUUCACAUAAAGUUAGUUUCAGGUUUUUGAAUGUUGUAUAGUGUUGUUUUUUUGCUAAAUCUAAAAGAUCCAUUUUUUUUUGUAAUAUAUGAGAAUGAAGUUAAAUGUCAGAACUUUAAGGAUAAAGUGUUUGAUUCUGAAAGUAAAGAAUCAAGGUGUACAAA